CAUUAAUAUACACAGGAACAACGCCAUGGCCGAUUCAGGCGUGGAAUGUCAUGUAAUUUGAUAUCAGGAUGUGAUGGGCGUUUCGUACCUCCCUCCAGUUUCAUAGCGCUUCUUCGCUUGACCUGAUAUAUCAUAUAUCGGGUCUGAUCAUGUCUACGUCACCUCCAUCCCUGCCCAGCCCCCUCCACAAUGAGAUAGUACAGGCUGAGGACAUCAAAUCAGACGAAUCGUCCGAUCAGGACGCGAACAAGAUUGCUAUCUUAUCCAUCAGCAAUGAUGAACCGCUCGUGACGAGAAGGGAGUUGUGGAGCUAUUAUCUGUACUGUAAUGGUGACAAUGGUGUCGGUCCUCUGGGCUAUACACAAACUCUGUUCCAGGGGCUUGCCACAGCAGCAGGAUAUGAUCCCGUCGCAGGCCCCGGCUCGUCAUGUCUUGCAACAACUGCUUCUGGCCAAUGUGUAGUUCCCUGGGGUAGCGGCACAAAGUCAGUUUCUAGUGUGGUGCUGAUUGCGAAUGGCAUCAGUUUCGCUAUAAUGACAGCCAUAUUCACUACCAUCGGUUCUGCCGCCGAUUACGGCACGUUCGGACGGUGGUUACUGUUUGCUGUCACAGUGGUAUGCUGGGCUGCACAGUAUGCCUGUAUGGCCCUUACCACGCCGAACCGAUGGUCCCUUGCGAUGGUUCUUUACAUCAUCGGUUUCGUAUCAUACGGCGCAACUCUUGUCUUCUUUGUCGCUCUAUUCCCUCGCCUCGCGCGCAAUACCCCGCACGCACGUCAAUUGAGAGAGAAGUUUGAAAACGGCGAGAUUUCUACUGAAGUUUACGAGCAAGAGGAAUCUCUGGAAAAGAAUAGGAUCAGUAAUAUUUCUACCGCUCAUAGUAAUGUCGGGUAUGUAGCUACCUUAUUACUGAACUUAACGCUUUUGUUGCCGAUGACGAACAACCCCAAGGUGGACAAUUAUGUCCUCGUGCUCGUCAACACGUACUGGGUGGCACUUGGUAUCUGGUGGUUUAUCCUCCAGGAGCCUAGGCCAGGCCCUAGUUUACCUGAAGGCGAACACUACACGACGAUUGGGUGGAAGCAGAUCUGGGCUGCGCUGAAGACAUACAAGCAUCUUCCCUACACCUUUAUGUACCUGUUCUCUUUUUUCCUUCUCGCAGAUGGACUGAAUACCACCGGAACUCUCGUCAGCAUCUGCCAGAACAACAAGUUCAGUUUCUCGUUCCUGCAAAAUACGUACUUGGGCUUGUCACAGGCGAUUACCUCGACUAUCAGUACUCUCGCCUUCUGGUACAUCCAGAGAUAUUGGAAGAUCAGCACGAAGAAGAUGUUUGUGGUGACUAAUGUUGUUACUAUUUUGAUUCCGCUGUGGGGUAUGAUCGGAAUAUGGACAGAAAGACUUGGAUUCCAUAAUGUCUGGGAGUUCUGGGCAUGCAACAUCGUGUUCGGCCUUUUCCAGGCGCCCUACUACGCGUUCUCCCAGACGAUGAUGGCCGAGCUUAGUCCGCCCGGUUUUGAUAACAUGUUCUUCGGUCUGUUCGGUCUGUCCAACCGCGCUUCUUCUAUGGUAGGACCCAAUGUGAUACAGGCCAUCAUCGACAAGACGGGGAACAACUGGCAGGGGUUCCCGUUCCUGUUUGCGUUGUGCACGGCUGCUUCGAUGGUGAUCUGGUUCGGGGUUGAUGUCACGAAGGGGACGUAGGGAUGCUGUGAAGUGGGCGGCUGAGCAGCGCAGCCACACACGCUAGAACGAUUUAUAUAUAUGCUCUUUGUGUGGCUUCGGGCAUUUCUGAUAUAUCCAUCAUAUGUGUCGGGAUGCAACAUUGACCAAGGUGCAGAUAGAAGAGGUAGAAUCAUGUCAUAUCCACCAAAGUCAAAACUAUAUAAAGGGUAGAUGCCCGGGCC